UCCCCCGGCACAGCCCUGCUCCCUGGCACGGUGGCCAUGGCACCUUGGCUGCCCACCAAGGAGGAGAAGUAUGGCGUGGCCGUGUGGAACUUCCCGGGCACCAAGGAGCAUCACCUCCCGCUGCAGAUCGGGGAGACGGUGCACAUCCUGCAGGCCUCCGAGGGUUGGUACCGCGGGUACUCGCUCCGCAACAGGGCUGCCCAGGGCAUCUUCCCGGCAUCACUGAUCCGGCUGAAGGGCGCCGUGGUGGAGCACCGGGGGGUGGAGGAGAGCGUGGUGCCCGCCGAGAUGCCGAUGGUGCAGGAGAUCACCACCACGCUGCGGGAGUGGGCCACCAUCUGGAAGCAGCUCUAUGUGGCCGGGCAGAUGGAGCGGUACGGGCAGGUGAAGCGGAUGAUGCAGGAGCUGAUGGAGCAGCGCUCACAGCUGCUCUCAGGGACACUGCCCAAGGACCAGCUUCUGCGGCUCAGGAAGGAGGUGACCGGCAGGAUAGACUAUGGCAACAAGAUCCUUGCGCUGGACCUGGUGGUGCGGGACGAGGAUGAGAACAUCCUGGACCCCGACAGGACCAGCGUCAUCAGCCUCUUCCAGGCUCACAGGAGAGCGGCGCAGACCCUCUCCCAGCGCAUCCAGGAGGAGAUGAGCCCACAGCCAAGAGCACCAGGCCACAGCACCCACGGGGCAGCUUCACCCUCCCACAGCCUCUACCUGUGCGUCCGCAACUUCGUCUGCCACAUUGGGGAGGAGGCGCAGCUCUUCAUGGCACUGUACGACCCCGGCGAGCAGCGCAUCAUCAGCGAGAACUACGUGAUCCGCUGGGCCAGCACUGGGGUCCCCCAGGACAUCGAGCUGCUCAACAACCUCAAGGUCGUGUUCACGGACCUGGGCAGCACGGACCUGAAGCGGGAGCGGCUGUUCCUGGUGUGCCAGAUCAUCCGGGUGGGACGGAUGGACCUGCGGGACACCCACAGCCGCAAGCUCAGCACGGGCCUGCGCCGGCCCUUCGGCAUCUCGGUGAUGGACAUCACCGACAUCACCAAGGGGACGUGUGACAGCGACGAGGACAAGCAGCACUUCAUCCCUGUCCACCCGGUGGCUGCUGACAGUGAUUUUCUUCACAACAUGAUCCGGAAGGCAGUGGAGGGGAAGGACAUCAACCACAAGGGACAAGGGCUCUGGGUGUCCCUGAAGAUGCUGUGGGGAGACCUGAGCCAGGUGCGGAAGGACCACCCUCACCUGGUGGAUCGCGGCACGGCGGUGGCUCGCAAGCUGGGCUACCCGGAGGUCAUCAUGCCAGGUGACGUCAGGAACGACAUCUACCUGACGCUGGUGCAGGGUGAGUUUGACAAGGGGAACAAGAAGACGCAGAAGAACGUGGAGGUGACCGUGUGUGUCUGCGACGAGGCAGGAAAUGUGGUGCAGAACGCGAUCCAGGCGGGCGCGGGGGGCAGCCCCACCAGCCACCACCGCUCCGUCGUCCACUACCAGCAGCGGCACCAGCGCUGGAUGGAGACUCUGAAGAUCGCUGUUCCCAUCGAGGAUGUCCACAGGACCCACCUGAGGUUCACCUUCCGCCAUCGCUCCUCCAGCGACUCCAAGGACCGGAGCGAGCGGAUUUUCUCCAUGGCCUUUGUGAGGCUGAUGCGCCCCGACGGCACCACCCUGCGGGACGGGGAGCACGACCUGGUGCUGUACAAGGGUGACAGCAGGAAGCUGGAGGAUGCCAGCGCGUACCUGUCCCUGCCCUCCGAGCGGAACCUGUCGGAGCCGAAGCUCCUCUCUGGCUCCUCCUUCCGUGUGAGCGGGGCCGCGUCGGGCUUAACCGUGUCAGCCCGGGACAGCUUCCAAAUCUCCACACUCGUCUGCUCCACCAAGCUGACCCAGAAUGUGAACCUGCUGGGGCUGCUGAAGUGGCGCUCCAAGCCCAGCCUGCUCCGUGGGAACCUCCAGAAGCUGAUGAACGUGGAUGGAGGGGAGGUCAUCAAGUUCCUCCAGGACACACUGGAUGCCCUGUUCUCCAUCAUGAUGGAGCACUCGGACACAGAUGUCUAUGACACACUUGUCUUUGAUGCCCUGGUUUUCAUCGUGGGGCUGGUGGCUGACAGGAAGUUCCAGCACUUCAACACAGUCCUGGAGGCCUAUAUCUGCCAGCACUUCAGUGCCACACUCGCCUACAAGAAGCUGCUCUCGGUGCUGACUCAGUACGUGGAGCAGGCGGGGCAGGGCCAGCCCUGCGAGCCCCUCCCGCGCACCUUCAAGGCCCUGGAGUACAUCUUCAAGUUCAUCGUCCGCUCCCGCCACCUCUUUGCCCAGCUCUACGGGGGGCAGGAGACGGCCCAGUUCCAGCGCUCCUUGCAGCGCUUCUUCCUUGCCCUGAACCAGCUGAUGGAGUCCCCGCUGGAGGGUCCCACCCUGCUCUCCCAGGGAGCAGCCCUCAAGUACCUGCCCUCCAUUCUCGAGGACGUGUUUGGGAUCUUUGACUCCUCUGCACUGGGGGCUGUGCUGCGGGACUUCGUGGGGAACCUGCCCCCCCAGCGCCUGCUGAAGCAGAAGUUGCAGUCCCUGACCCACAUCGCCAGCAGCAGAGUCUUCCAGUCCCACGAGUGCCGGGAACUGGUGCUGCAGGCGGCCCUGCCCAUCCUGCAGGAGCUGAUCCAGGCGGGUGAGGAGGAGGACGCCUGCAUCGAGCUGCUCAGCAGCAUCCUGGAGGUGCUGUACCAGGCCCAGAAGAGGGCGGAGGAGCUGCGAGCACGGGACAAGGGCCGCGGGGACGUGGAGCUGGUGUGGGUGAAGAAGCACAUCCAGGUGAUCCUGGAGCGGCUGCUGCACACAGUCACUCGCAGGGUGAUCGUCCUGGACCGGGAGAACCCACUGAGGAGCCACUACGUGGCCUGCAUGGCCACCAUCCUGAGCCAGAUGGACAAGGACCACUACAGUGCCUACAUCCAGGCAUUCCCCUCCCGGCCUGAGCUGAUGGACUUCCUCAUGGAGACCUUCAUUCUCUUCAAGGACCUGAUUGGGAAGACAGUGUAUCCCUGCGACUGGGUGGUGAUGAACAUGGUGCAGAACCGGGAGUUCCUGCGCACCAUCAACCACUUUGCCACGACCUUGACCAAGAUGUUCCUGAGCAACAGCAGCUUUGAGCUGCAGCUUUGGAACAACUAUUUCCACCUGGCCGUGGCCUUCCUCACUCAGGAGUCCCUGCAGCUGGAGAACUUCUCCCCAGCCAAGCGCAACAGCAUCCUGGCCAAGUACGGGGACAUGAGAGCCACGAUCGGAGCGUCCAUCCGGGACAUGUGGUACAGCCUCGGCCAUCGCAAGAUUGAGUUCAUCCCGGGCAUGGUGGGCCCUAUCCUGGAGAUGACACUGGUGCCAGAGCUGGAGCUGCGCAGGUCCACCAUCCCCAUCUUCUUCGACAUGAUGCUCUGCGAGCACCAGCUGACUGGGAGCUUCAGCCGGUUUGAGGACGAGAUUCUGCGCAGGCUGGACAGUGAGGUGGAGGGCGGCCGUGGGGAUGAGCAGUACAAGCAGCUUUUCAAGAGCAUCCUUCUGAGCUGCUGCCAGAGACACUCCGAGAUGGCCAAGCCCGGGACAGACUUUGUGGAGCUGGUGACUGCACUCCUGGAGCGGCUCCUGGACUACCGGGCUGUCAUGAACGAUGACAACAAGACCUACAGCAUGAGCUGCACCGUCAACCUCCUGAACUUCUACAAGGAGAUCGACCGCCAGGCCAUGUACAUCAGGUACCUGUACAAGCUGAAGGACCUGCACAUCAGCUACGAGAACUACACGGAGGGAGCCUACACGCUGCUGCUGCACGCCCGGCUGCUCACGUGGUCAGAGGAGCCCAACACGGCCCCCGUGCCGGGCCUGCACGGCUGCCACCUGCACACCCAGCGCCAGCUGAAGGAGGCUCUGUACAACCAGAUCAUCGAGUACUUUGACCAGGGCAAGAUGUGGGAGGAGGCCAUCCACAUCUGCAAGGAGCUGGCGGAGCAGUACGAGAGCCACGUCUUCGACUACGAAAUGCUGAGUGACAUCCUGCAGCGGGAAGCCAAGUUCUACGAGAAGAUCCUGAAGGUGCUGCGGCCCAGCCCAGACUACUUUGCCGUGGGGUACUACGGGCAGGGCUUCCCCACCUUCCUCCGGAACAGAGUCUUCAUCUACCGGGGGAAGGAGUACGAGCGCCGGGAGGACUUCGAGAUGCAGCUGCUGAGCCCCUUCCCCAACGCUGAGAAGCUGAAGAGCACAUCCCCUCCCGGGCAGGACAUCACGGGCUCCCCGGGGCAGUACAUCCAGUGCUUCACCGUGCAGCCGGUGGAGGAAGCCAGGGUCCGGCUCAAGGGCCGGAUCAUCCCAGAGCAGAUCACCAACUUCUACAAAGCCAACCAUGUCCAGCAGUUCAGCUACUCACGGCCCUUCAAGAGAGGCCCGAAUGAUCCUGACAAUGAAUUUGCAAACAUGUGGAUCGAGCGGACGACCUUUGUGACAGCCUAUCCCCUGCCGGGCAUCCUGCGCUGGUUUGCUGUGACUGCCACCACCACGACCAUCAUCUCCCCCCUGGAGAACGCCAUUGAGACAAUGAUGAAAACCAAUGAGAAAAUCAUGAGUGAGAUCAACCGGCACCAGAACGACCCCAGCCUGCCCAUCAACCCGCUCUCCAUGCUGCUCAAUGGCAUCGUGGACCCUGCUGUCAUGGGUGGCUUCGCCAAGUACGAGGCAGCCUUUUUCCAGGAGUCCUACCUGAAAAAGCACCCCGGGGAUGCAGGGAACAUCGAGAAGCUGAAGGACCUGAUCGCCUGGCAGACCCCGCUGCUGGCAGAGGGGAUCCGGAUCCACGGGCAGAAGGUGACAGAGGACCUGCGGCCCUUCCACGAGCGCCUGGAGCAGUGCUUCGAGCAGCUGCGGGCCAAGGUGGAGAGCCAGUACGGGGUGCGGGAGAUGGUCUUCUUUGAGGACCAGCGGAGCGGACGACCCCGGUCCAUGGCCUGGGGACCCGACUGUGACCAGCUGAGCCACGCUGGAGCCAGGCAAGUGCUGUGGUGGGAGUGCUGGCCACCCGCUCUCUCUACCCUCACCCCUCCCUGCUGAGCCUUUCACUCUGCUCUGCCCCAGGUGCUUCUCUCCCAUCUCCCCAGUCCUCCGCCCUCUUGCCUUCCCUUUAUGUCAAGCACAUCCCAGGGGUCCAUCAUGCCAUGCCACCGCAGUGGCCCUGUCCCUAUAGGGGGCAUGGAGGAGAGACACCCCACGUGCAGCCCCCAGGCUCACCUGGACACCACUGUCACCUGAGCCAUGCACGUCUGUCCUCUGUGAACAUCCCCCACCGAGCUGUGCUGCAGACAGUGCUGGUGCCUGGCUGAGGGCGGCUGCUCCCGGCAGUGCUAUGGCCAGCCCAUGGCGUAGCCCUGCUCCCCCUUCCCCUGCCACCCCUUGCUCCUCACCUGCCCCAGUUGCUCCACAGCACAGAGGCACCUUCGAUCCCAAAGCCCACUCCCCGCACCGAGAGUGAGGACGGCAGGAACGAGCACCGGGAGAACCGCCCCAGCUCCCUCUUGGGGUCCCGGCGGCAGGACGUGCGCCGCUCCACCUCGGAGCUGCCAGAGCCCAAGGAUGAGAAGUGGAGACUGUCCCACAACGUGAGUGAGAGCAGUCCGGGCAGCUCCGACAGCAAACAGCCCCCGCCGAGCCGAGCCACUGCUGGUGCUCAGCCCAGUGCUGCAGGGCUGUCCCUGUCUCCCACUGGCUUCGGUGGCCGUGUGAAAAGUGCCAGCAAGGUGCCACCGCUGCCCCGCAAGAUCAGCCCCGCGGUGUACGAGACGUUCCUGGAGCAGAGCAACGCCACAGCCGGAGGGAAGGCCUCCACCUCCCCGACGGCAGACGGGAACAGAGGCCCCAAGUCCCCACCGCUGCCACUCCCCAAGUCCAAGCGAAUGUCACAGCUCUGACCUGGUGCCACCCUUGCCCAUGACGCCCCUGUGCCCAGCUGGCUGCUGGACCCCAGGGCCCUGCUUGACCCUCACCUGCUGGACCACCCUUGCAGCAUCGACACCCAGAGCAUCCUGUGCAGCCGUGGGAUCUCUGUGCACCCAAUGCCAAGCUGGCACCAGGCACUGCCACCCUGUCUCCUGCCAACUCUGGCUAUUGCCCUCCAGGUGCCCCCUGGCACGAGGACCCACCUGCCUCCAGACUUCCCUGCCCCAAUGUUCUCACCAGCCCUCACCAUCCUGCUCAGGUGCAGCAGUUCUGCUCCAGCCCAUGUCAGAACUCUGCCACCAGAGCUGUGCUGAGUCCCACCCAAGCAGCACCCCAGCCAUCUGGCCACUGUGCCCAUGAGGCCACUGUGCCCUCCCUCCUCCCUGCACUGCACCACAGGCAGGGAACCAGCCACCUUCCCAGAGCAUUUCUGAGCAAUUCCCUCCCGCUCUCCACUCCAGAGGCAGCUCCUGUCCCUCAUCUGUCCACCCCAUCCUGCAGCACUGGGACACACUCCUGGCCCAGGUGCUGUGACUGCACAGGAGCCAGCUGGGUGAGCCUAGGCAUGUGAGCCUAGGCAACCCUGUGCUGUGCAGUCCCACCUCUCGUGGCCACACCUGGCACCUGCACCAGGCAGGUGCUGCUGCCCCGACCAGCCGUGCUCAGCCCCUGCCACACCAGCCCAGAGCCACAGCUAAUAAAGGGCAAACACAUCAGCUGGCACCUGCGUGGAGCUGGGCACCCCUGUGAGCCCCAGCGAUGCCCCUGCUCACCCGGGCCAACCCCCAGUCAGCACCACCCCAGCACCCUGAAGUGCAGGGACUCACCCUCCUGCAGCAAGGAGGGCCCCCUGGGAGCCUGACAGUCCCUCCCUGAGCCGAGCUGCACCAACCAGGCACAGGGACAGGACUCACUGCUGGGCCCCCAAGCUGGAACAGGGCUCUUUAUUG